GAAUCAAUUCAGCGUUACAUUUAUGGGUACCAGAUUAAAGAUGAAUAUGGUACGAUUCAGUUUCGCAAAGAAGAAACUACAGGCGAUAGAGGUGUCAAAGGAUCUUAUGGUUACACAGAUGCUUCUGGUCUGUACCGUAAGGUGGAGUAUGUUGCUGAUGUCGACGGUUUCCGGGCUAUUAUAAAAACGAACGAGCCUGGAACUGCCAGUAAGAAUUCUGCUGAUGUUAAGAUAACCAGUGAAUAUGGGCAGCAGCCAAAAACGUCUUCAUUAAAAGAAAACAGUGAUUCCAACGUAGAAAAGGCUCCAUUUAUUGGCUAUCAGCCACCUUAUUAUUAUCCAUCGGCAUACAAUUCUGCUUUUGACCCUGACUAUGCUUCCCUGCACACCACCUCAGAAGCGCCAUCUACAAUUACAGAAGAGUCAGAGGACAGCACAGAAAAAUCCAAAUAA